GCACAAUUGGUGGCUGACUAAAUACUUUUUUGCCCCACUGUAUAGUCAGUGCAGGAGAGUUGGUGCAAAAAGGUGUGUGUGUGAGUUGGGUUUCUAAGUAUGUGCGAGUAGAGUCCAGUGUUUUCAUAGAGUCAGUGCAAGAGAGUUAGUGCAAAAAAGGGACAAUGCAGUGAUGUACUGGGCCGAACUCACCACCCUCUUGCGCUUUGAGGUUGGGUGCCUUGUAGUUGCCGUACCAAGCGGUGAUGCAACAAGUCAAGAUGCUUUCAAUGGUGUAGCUGUAGAACUUCUUUAAGGAUCUGAGGGUCCAUGUCAAAUCUUUUCACCCUCCUGAGGGGGAAGAGGUGCUGUCAUGCUGUCUUCACAACUGUGUGGACCAUGUUAAUUUCUUAGCGAUGUAGACACAGAGGAACUUGAAGCUCUCGAUCUGCUACACUACAGCCCCAUCGAUGUGGAUGACGUUGUGCUUGCCCCUCCGUUUCCUGUAGUCCACGAUGUCUUGCUGACGUUGUUGUUCUGGCACCACACAGCCAGGUCUCUGACCUCCUCACUAUAGGCUGCCUCUGUAAUAGUAUUGCUUUCUGGCCCUCUCCUCGCCCCUACCUGGGCUUGAACCAGGGACCCUCUGCACACAUUGACAACAGUCACCCUCAAAGCAUCGUUACCUAUCACUCCACAAAAGCCCCUGCCCUUGCAGAGAAAGAGAAACAAUUACUUCAAGGUCUCAGAGAGAGUGACAUCACUAUUUGAAAUGCCACUACCGCUCACCGCUAACUAGCUAGCCAUUUCACACCGGUUACACCUCAUCGCCAUCGGUGAUCAGUCCUACCACUGUGGUGUCAUCAGCAAAAAUGUAUGAUGGUGUUGGAGUCGUGCGUAGCCACACAGUCGUGGGUGAACAGGGAGUACAGGAGGGUAUGAAGCACAGACCCCUGUGUUGAUGGUCCGCAUGGCAGAUGUGUUCUUGCCUACCCUCACCUCCUGGGGCAACCCCUCAGGAAGUCCAGGAUCCAGUUGCAGAGGGAGGUGUUCAGUCCCAGGGUCCUGAGCUUGGUGAUGAACUUGAAGGGGACUAUGGUGUUGAAUGUUGAGCUGUAGACAAAGAACAGCAUACUUACAUACAGCCCUUAAGCCUGUGUAGGGCUGUGAUGUGGACUAUGACUGAAGGAGUGGGAUGCUUUUUUAAAUGUAUUGUAUAUGGUGUGUUACCUCCCGAUUCCCGCAAUGGAGGGAAGGGGCGGCAAUACACCGUAUCGGUGGUAGUCUGCCGAUAAACCUCAAAGAAAGGUAUAUAAGCGACUACCAAGAAGAAGAAAAAGAGAAAAGAUGGCGUCGCUGAAUGACAGAUCAGUUUGGGAUGAGGUGGAGGAUGGGAUCGGCAAAGAAGUGCUCAACAUGUCCCCUGAAGAGAUCGUUCAGCGGACACGUCUUCUGGACAAUGAAAUAAAGAUCAUGAAGAGUGAGGUAUUGAGGGUAACCCAUGAGCUGCAGGCCAUGAAGGACAAGAUCAAAGAAAACACAGAGAAGAUCAAAGUGAACAAGACCCUGCCAUACCUGGUCUCCAAUGUCAUUGAGCUUCUGGAUGUGGACCCAAAUGACCAGGAGGAGGAUGGAGCAAAUAUUGAUCUAGAUUCCCAGAGGAAGGGCAAAUGUGCUGUCAUCAAAACAUCUACAAGACAGGCAUACUUCCUCCCGGUCAUUGGCUUGGUGGAUGCAGAGAAACUGAAGCCGGGAGACCUCGUGGGGGUAAACAAGGACUCAUACCUGAUCCUGGAAACCCUGCCCGCGGAGUACGACUCCAGAGUCAAAGCCAUGGAGGUGGACGAGCGCCCUGCUGAACAGUACAGUGACAUUGGGGGAUUAGACAAACAGAUCAAGGAGCUGGUGGAAGCAAUUGUUCUACCCAUGAACCACAAGGAGAAGUUUGAGAACCUGGGUAUUCAGCCACCUAAGGGGGUUUUGAUGUAUGGCCCCCCAGGCACAGGGAAAACCCUACUGGCUAGGGCCUGUGCUGCCCAGACCAAGGCCACAUUCCUCAAGUUGGCUGGCCCACAGCUGGUCCAGAUGUUCAUUGGUGAUGGUGCCAAGCUGGUCCGAGACGCCUUUGCCCUAGCCAAGGAGAAGGCCCCCUCCAUCAUCUUCAUAGACGAGCUGGACGCCAUUGGAACCAAACGGUUUGACAGUGAGAAAUCAGGUGACAGGGAGGUACAGAGAACUAUGCUUGAGCUCCUCAACCAGCUGGACGGGUUCCAGUCCAAGAUGCAAGUUAAGGUUAUCGCUGCCACGAACAGGAUAGAUAUCCUAGAUCCCGCACUGCUGCGUUCUGGACGUCUGGACCGUAAGAUUGAGUUCCCAAUGCCCAAUGAGGAAGCACGAGCCCGCAUCAUGCAGAUUCACUCACGCAAGAUGAACGUCAGCCCUGAUGUCAACUACGAGGAGCUGGCCAGGUGCACUGAUGACUUCAACGGCGCCCAGUGCAAAGCAGCGUGUGUGGAGGCGGGUAUGAUCGCCCUUCGCAGGGGGGCAACUGAGCUCAAUCAUGAGGACUACAUGGAAGGCAUCUUGGAAGUACAAGCUAAAAAGAAGGCCAACCUGCAGUACUAUGCCUGAGGCUCUUCAGGGGAAGUGUGUGAUACUCUCCAGUUGUAUCCAAAACAUGAACCAAUCUGUACAGCACUAAUUGCCACUUCUCACUCUUUGGCGCUUCGGAAGUUGUUUGUGCGGCUGGGACUGGAGACAUGUUUUGGUUUAUUAUUGUACCAAUGGUCCAUGAAAGAAUUAAAAAAAGCUUUUUUUCAUUGAUACAUUUGCCCUUUGGUGAGAUGGAAACAAUUAACACUGUGGCAAAGACAUCGCCACGUUAUUACCAUUUACAAAUAUUAUGAAAGGGACAUUUUGCCACAAUAUUCAGGCUGUUACCUGCGAGUACUUCCGAUGGAGUGUCAAGGGCCAAUGUACUUCUGUGAAACUUAUCGCCUAUUGCCAUUCUAUUCAGUUUGUGUUGCAAAUGUUCAGGGUGCAACUUGACUGAAAUGACUCAAUGUUUCAGGGGACUAGCUACACACUGGAGAAUGAAAUCAAAAGAGAAAGCAUCUUUAUUUGGAUCAGUCAAUGAGUUAAUGCAAGCACCUGACUGCUUCGACAAGGCCAUAGACAUGUCAACUCACUCUCCAUAGCUCAGUGUGGCCCCAAGUUACCUUAACACAUCCAUUUCUUAUCGCAUGAUUAGAUACAUCAAUACAAGGUCCCAAUUCCCAAUAACUUUUGAAUUAAACAUUACAUGCAGAUUAGCUAAACUUCAUCUUAUAUUCAGGGAGGGCCUCCACUCAAUGCUAGCCAGAUAUACAGGGUAUUCCGAUGGUUUGUAUAUUGUCAAUAGGUGACAUACAAUUUAGUCUCCCAUCACAGAAAGAGGAACUGGGAACUAUUGCAAUCUGGUUUAUUCCUGGAUUUAUGUGAAACGGCUCCAUUUAAUUAUCCUGCAGUACAGUUUUACAAAUUUCUAUAUAAUAAAAUAAAGCUCUUCACAUUUCCAAUCAAAGCAGCACAUUGCUGUAAAACAAUGCAAUUUUAUCUUUACUUGAUGACGGACA